AUUAAAAGAAUCAGGCCACUUUCUUACGUACAGCCGUUGGGUGUUCCCAAGACUAUUGUUUCAACUUUUUCGUCGAUUCUGUAGCCAGCAACUUGGUCCCGUUCCUUCGUAUUGACAACCCCUCACUGUUGACCCUGGUAGCUUCUUAGAACGAGCAGCUAAGAAGAACAAAGGGGCUACCAAACCAUCCUGCCAAGAACCCACUCUCGGCUACCAGGCUCAUAAAUCCAGCUCAAUCUCACACCCAUACUCCUCCCUAUCACGCAAACUUUCACACACACAUCUCACCAUAUCCACAAGCCCCACGCCCGCCAUGCCCAAGCAAGAGGUCUACCAUCUUCACCCACUAGGCUGGGAAAACGACCCCGAAGAGGAACGCUUCAAGGUCACCACGCUCGACUACCUCACAGUCUGCAGCUACAACAACUACGCUCUGUUCUUCAAGCUAGAGGACUCGGAGAAAGAAAGAGCCGCUGAGAUCCUCAAGGCUGGGCUGGAGAGGACGCUGGCGCAGGCGAGACACUACUGUGGGGCCAUUGAGAAGGAUCCUGGCGGUGGUCACUCAUUUACCAAGAAGAGGGAUAGUACUGUGCGGUUCUUUGUGCAGUGGCUUGAUGCACCUGAGGAUACGGACAAGUAUCCUUCUUUUGAGGAUCUUGAGAAGACGAAUUUUAGCGCGGUGACGCUGGGGGAUCUUGAGCAAUGGAGUGUACCGCCCAUGACAUAUGGCGAGAAGCCUGAAGCACAUCCUGACAACAGUCCCGUCGUGUCAGCCUUCAAGGCCAACUUCAUCAGGGGUGGAUUGGUGUUCAACAUUCAUCAUCACCACUACACCAACGAUGUAAUGGGCUGGGCAGGCUUCGUUCAUCAGCUAGCUGAGAACUGCUACGCUGAUGUGAACGGCACCAAACAUCCAACCUGGGAUCCUCUGAACCUCGACGUCUCGCGCCUCAUCAAGCAAGAGCCCCCAGAAGAUCAAAAGAUCGAUGGUCCAGCCCCCCCAGAGCGCCAUCCAGCCCACCAAGUCGGCGUGUCUCUACUCUUCCACCUCCCCAAGAGCAAAGCCGCCGAGCUCAAAGCCAAAGCCACUCCCACCGACGGAACCUGGAUCUCGACAUACGAUGCCUUCUCAGCCUUUAUCUGGCGUAACCUCACACGUAUCCGAGCGCCCGUCUUCAACCCCGAUCCGAACUCGACUUUAUACUGGUGUGAAGCUAUCGAUAUGAGACGUCGGAUGCACAGUCCAAAGGUGCCGCCGCGUAUUCAGCAUAAUGUAAUGUUCGCUGUUACGUCUCCUACUGCACCUGUUACACAGCCUACUGUUGCACAGAUAAUGUCGGAGUGGUCGUUGUCAGAGUUGGCGUCGUAUAUCCGCCGCUUGACCAACAGCGUUACGCAGGAGAACCUUGACAAGACGCUUGAGAUGGUGGCUACCAUUCGCGACAAGACAUCUUUGAACACACGAGUCGAUGCUCAGCCUCCUCUGUCGAUUCUUCAGACGGACCAUCGCGAUGCAAACAUCACUUCAGCUGACUUUGGCUUCGCCAAGCCAGCUACAUACCGUCACCUGCUCGAUCGGAUCACAGAGGGUGUCAUCAUCGUUUACCCACCUCGUGAUCCGUCACCUGAGUCAGAUGAGGGGUGUGAGUUUGCUAUCUUUUACGAGAAGAGGCUUGCUCAAGAUUUGAUCAAUGAUCGUGAAUGGAGCGAGUACUUUGAGUAUAGAGGGGUUGAUGCUGAGGAUGCUUCUGAAGCCAAAAAGGCAAAUGGCACAAACGGAGUAAACGGCGCAAAUGGAGCCACUAGCUCUUCUUAGAUGUAGAUACAUGUAGUCGCCUUGAAUGAACUGAUCAAACGCUCAAUAGCUUCCAGUAAAGCCUUUCCAUCCUCAAACUCUCCAUGAACCAGUCAUCGCCAACCUUCUUCCACGUCUCGUGAUAAUGCCCACCGCC